AUGGAAGCUUUAAUAAUAUACCUUUCCGUGGGUGAUGUUGCUAUCAGUUCGGUUCUAGUGCAAGAAGAUGAAAAAGGACAGCAGCCGAUUUAUUUCACAAGUCGGCUCCUACAGGGAGCGGAGCUCAGAUACCAGAAAUUGGAAAAAGUGGCAUUUUCUUUACUAAUUUAUGCUGGAAGGCUUAGACCAUAUUUCCAAGGGCAUGAAAUUGUUGUCUGGUCAGAUUUGCCAAUUUCGAAGAUCCUUCACAAGCCUGAUUUGGCAGGGCGAAUGAUGAGCUGGGCUAUUGAAUUGUCAGAAUUCGACAUAACUUUUGAAAGUCGGAAAGCUAUCAAAUCUCAAGCACUAGCAGAUUUCGUCAAGGAGCUCACCUCAAUCCAAACCGAGAGUUCACACAGCCUCGAUUUUUGGAAAGUAUACGUGGAUGGCUCCUCCAACUCAAAAGGAAGUGGAGCCGAGAUUAUCAUUGAAAGUCCCGAAGGAGUAUCAGUGGAGUAUUCAAUACAAAUGAGUAGUUACCAGGCAAAGGGACCAUUAUUGAUCAAAUAUCUAGACCCAGCCAAGCAAUUAACUGCGGAAUUCGAAAAGGUGGAUAUAAGUCAUAUUCCUAGGAAUGAAAACGGCAGGGCCGACAUAUUAUCCAAGUUAGCAAGUACAAAAGGAAGAGGAAAUCACAGGACGGUGGUUGAGCAGAAUAUCCCAGAGCUCACUUGUGUAAUGCAAAUAGCAGAGAUAGAUGAUUGGCGUUGUAGCAUCAUAGAUUACCUGGAAAAUAGGGUAUUUCCUUCAAGAAAGGAGGAAGCCAGGAAGCUAAUUAGAGAUGCAGCUCUGUACACUAUGGUUGAAGGACAACUCUACGAAAAAGGAGUUUACUCACCUCUGUUGAAAUGUAUGAGCUCGGAUAGAGCGCACUAUGUCUUGUCUGAAAUCCAUGAGGGAAUAAAUGGUCAGCAUGUCGGAGAAAAGGCCUUAGCUCGAAAGGCGAUUAGAGCUGGCUAUUUCUGGCCGUCCAUAAGUAAUGAUGCCAAAGAACAUGUCCAAAGAUAUGAUCAAUGUCAAAGGCAUGGGAAGAACCUUCUGGCUCACCCAUAA